UAAAUAAUUGCAUCAUUGCUAAUGCUAUCUAUAUACUGACAAAUGAAUGCAAUAUGAAACUUGAUUUGUUUAUUUUAACAUUUUUUCAAUAUUUAUAAUAGGCAAUACAGUCAUUUAGCUAAAAGAUAAGGUUAUACGUUAAAUCAAAGGAAAGCUAUUAAUAAAUGUUUUAUCUACUUCUUUACAGCUUCAGUAUUUUAACAACUUGUACUCAAUUUUUAAUGUUUUUCCGGGAACAUUUUUUUAUUUCUUUGAUUCAUACAGCGUGUUCUCCUUACGUUCUCUCCGAUUGGUCGAAUUGCACAUUUGCCACGCCCUUUUAGUGACGUGUCUGUUUGCUUAUAAACCCACAUGCCCAUUUGUUCUCACAAGUCUUCCUUUAGUGACUACAGAGGUAAAUUAAUAUCUUUGAUAUGUUUUAGACUUUCUUUCGCUAGUCUAAAUUGUAAAAUUUCAAGCAACUUGACCGGAUACAAUGAAGUACAUCAUUGGAAUUGGGGGUGUGACUAAUGGUGGUAAAACCACCCUGACGAACAGAUUAAUCAAAGCUUUACCAAACUGCUGUGUGGUCCACCAGGAUGACUUUUUCAAGUCACCGGAUCAGAUAGCGGUUGGAGCGGACGGCUUUAAACAGUGGGAUGUGAUCACAGCUCUGGAUAUGGAGGCCAUGGUGAACACCGUCAAGGGCUGGGUUGAGAACCCAGUAAAGUUUGCCCGCUCUCAUGGCAUCCAGGUGAUGCAGGCCACGGAGAGCCAAAUGCACACACUGAUCAUAGAAGGAUUUCUACUGUACAACUACAAGCCUUUGGUGGAGUUCUUUGACAAAUCGUUUUUUAUAACUAUCCCAUACGAGGAGUGCAAGAGGAGGAGAAGUACGAGGCAGUACACCGUUCCCGACCCACCGGGGCUCUUCGAUGGUCAUGUGUGGCCCAUGUACCUGAAACACAGACUUGAGAUGGAGAACUGUGGUUUGCCAAUUGAAUACCUGAACGGGUUGAAAGCAAAAGAUGAAAUUUACAAUCAGGUAUAUGAAGAUGUCCACAACACACUUCUGAAUCGUUUAUAGGAUCGGGCUAUCUCCAGGCGUCCAUGUACAUUAUUGUAAAUACGAAUCUUUGAGGCUUUUUUCUUGUAAUUUCUUUGUAAAUAGUAUGAUGAAAUUUGUAAUUUAAGUCCUUGUGGAGGAACUUUUUUUUUUUUGUGGACUGCAUCCAGAUUUUAAGUUGAUUCCUUUUGUGACCUUUUCAAAGCACUCCUUGGAAACUGUGUUUACCACAAAAAUGAAGGAAUUUCCAGAGUUUGUUUCUACUUGUACUAAUAAAAAUGUGCUUUGACUCAUUUACAUUUGCCAGUCAAGAUUUGUCUCACUGCUCUCAAUUAUACUUUCUUAUACAUGCAUAAUGGCCAAAUGUCUUCAUGUUUUUGUUUUACUGUAUGAUGUGGAUUAAUUUAAAGACCUUGGCACAUUUUCCAAGCAUGAUUUCUUUUGUGUAAUACGCUUAACUCCUUAGAUACACUCCACCCAGGAAGCCUCUAUUAAGAAAAUAUCUAUACAUAAAUGACCAACUGGAGUGGUAGUGGUCUAAAGCACAUAACUGCUAAUCUGGUAAUCAGGAGGUUGCUGGUUUGAUCCUCACAGUCACCACCAUUAUGUCCUUGAGUAAGGCACUUAACUCCAGAUUGCUCUGGGGGGAUUGUCCCUGUAAUAAGUGCACUGUAAGUCGCUUUGGAUAAAAGUGUCUGCCAAAUGCAUAAAUGUAAAUAUGAAGUAGGAAAAACUAUAAAACCAUUUACCCAC